UUUUUUUUUUUUUUUUUUUUUUUUUUUUUUUUUUUUUUGCUAAGCCUCACUUUGCACGCUUGGACUGGAGCUGACAAUGAAGAUGAGCAUGGAGUGCAGAUGGAUCAGCUGGGACAGGUUUCCCAGGCAGAGUUUCUGAUUUAAACUUCCAACUGAAACUGAUGGAGAACGGAGGUGUUUUUAUGCCAGCUGCUGACAUGCAUUCAGAGGCCCCUGCGAUGUGGAUGGACUCACCUUCAGGGAAACUCUGAGACCUGGAUGAGCAGCGGAGCGUAGGCGGGGAGUGUUUUAGUGAAGAAGAGAAACAAUGAACCUGUUACGGCGUGGGAUCAGACUGACUUUGUGCUUUUAACCCAGCUGCAGCACCCCCUCCCCUCACCCCAUGUCACAUCCUUCCCUGAAUUAUGGAAAUUUUGUGGAAGAUAAUGACUUGGACUCUGAGCCUUGUGGUGAUGGCUGCUUCUGAAUUUCAAAGACUUUCGCACAGCUCUCAAGAGGAGUUCAUGUCUUACCUGGAGCACUACCAGCUGACAGUCCCGGUGCGGGUGGAUGAGAAUGGGAACUUCCUGAGUUACGCUGUGAAGCACCAGCGGCCGGGCCGUCGGAGACGUGCUCUGGGGGACACCGCAGUAGAUCCCUCAGAGUCUCGGAUCUUUUACAGAUUGUCAGCGUACGGGAAGCACUUUCACUUAAACCUGACACUUAACCCCAACUUGGUGUCAAAACAUUUCACAGUGGAGUACUGGGGUAAAGAAGGGCCAGAGUGGCGUCAUAAUGUGGUUGAUAACUGUCACUAUGUUGGAUUCCUGCAAAACCAGCACAGCACAACCAGAGUGGCGCUCAGCAACUGCAAAGGCCUGCAUGGUGUCAUAACAACGGAGGAAGAACAGUAUUUAAUAGAGCCUUUAAAGAACACUUCCUCCACCACCUCCAGUGAAUGGAACCUGGAAGGAGCUCAGCAACAUGUUAUUUAUAAAACGUCUGCCAUCCCCUCACCGCAAGAGCAAAGCCAGGAGUUCAGCUGUGGCAUUUCAGACCUCAUGAAAAGCAACGUACCUUGCCAAUUUGGAACACCCUCCCCUGUUCACUUGUCCCCUGUCCCUCAAAACGUCAGCGAGCAGUCGAAAGGCACGCACAGGCAGAGGAGGUCGGUCAGCUCUGAGCGCUUCGUGGAGACGCUCGUGGUUGCCGAUAAGAUGAUGGUCGGCUACCACGGCCGCAAAGACAUUGAGCACUACAUCUUGUCUGUGAUGAAUAUUGUUGCCAAACUGUACCGUGAUUCCAGCCUGGGAAAUGUUGUGAACAUUAUUGUGACCCGUCUAAUUGUUCUUACUGAAGAUCAGCCAAACCUGGAAAUUAAUCAUCAUGCUGACAAGUCUCUGGACAGUUUCUGUAAGUGGCAAAAGUCCAUCCUGUCUCAUCACCGCAGUGGGAACAGUAUUCCAGAGAAUGGAAUGGCUCAUCACGACAAUGCUGUCCUAAUCACCCGGUACGAUAUCUGCACCUACAAGAACAAACCCUGUGGGACUUUAGGCUUGGCCUCAGUAGCUGGAAUGUGUGAGCCGGAGAGAAGCUGCAGCAUCAACGAAGACAUCGGCCUUGGCUCGGCGUUCACCAUUGCACACGAGAUAGGCCACAAUUUUGGGAUGAACCACGAUGGGAUCGGCAACUCCUGCGGCACCAAAGGCCAUGAAACAGCCAAGCUGAUGGCCGCUCACAUAACAGCCAACACCAACCCUUUCUCCUGGUCUGCCUGCAGCAAAGACUACAUCACCAGCUUUCUCGACUCAGGUCGGGGAACGUGUCUGGACAAUGAGCCUCCAAAACGAGAUUUCCUGUAUCCAACCAUGGCCCCGGGGCAGGUGUACGAUGCAGACGAGCAGUGCCGCUUCCAGUACGGAACAUCCUCGCGUCAGUGCAAGUAUGGGGAAGUGUGUAGAGAGCUCUGGUGCCUUAGCAAAAGCAACCGCUGUGUAACUAACAGUAUCCCAGCUGCAGAAGGGACCCUGUGCCAGACUGGCAGCAUUGAGAAAGGGUGGUGCUACCAAGGAGAAUGUGUUGCGUUUGGCAGUUGGCCUCAGAGUGCAGACGGAGACUGGGGGCCGUGGUCUUUAUGGGGAGAGUGCAGCAGGACCUGUGGAGGAGGUGUUUCGUCCUCCAUGAGGCACUGUGACAGCCCAGCCCCAUCUGGAGGCGGAAAGUACUGUCUUGGAGAGAGAAAACGAUACAGAUCCUGUAACAUUGAUGCAUGCCCAGCUGGAUCUCAGGAUUUCAGAGAGAAGCAGUGCGCUGAUUUCGAUAACAUGCCUUUCCGUGGGAAGUAUUACAACUGGAAGCCUUACACUGGUGGCAGUGUGAAACCUUGCGCAUUGAACUGCUUGGCAGAGGGCUAUAACUUCUACACCGAGCGCUCCCCUGCUGUCGUUGACGGGACCCGAUGUCAGGCUGACUCUCUGGACAUAUGCAUCAAUGGGGAGUGUAAGCAUGUGGGCUGCGACAACAUCCUGGGCUCUGGCGCUAAAGAAGAUCGAUGCCGUGUGUGCGGAGGGGACGGCAGCACCUGUGAGGCCACAGAGGGGCUCUUCAAUGAGUCUCUGCCUAGAGGAGGUUACAUGGAUGUGGUGCAGAUCCCGAAAGGAUCAGUUCACAUUGAGAUUAGAGAAGUCGCCAUGUCAAAGAACUACAUAGCUCUAAAAUCUGAAGAGGAUGAUUACUUCAUCAACGGAGCCUGGACCAUUGACUGGCCCAGGAAGUUUGACAUCGCAGGGACGGCCUUCCACUACAGGAGACCUACCGAUGAACCCGAGUCCUUGGAGGCGCUGGGACCUACCACUGAAAACCUCUUUGUUAUGGUUCUCCUUCAAGAGCAGAACCUUGGAAUACGCUAUAAGUUUAAUGUUCCCAUCCACCGGACAGGGAGCGGUGACAACGAGGUAGGCUUCGCCUGGCACCACCUGCCUUGGUCCGAGUGCUCAGCUACUUGUGCUGGUGGCAGCCAGAAGCAAGAGGUGGUGUGUAAGAGGCUCGACGACAACUCAGUGGUGCAGAACAGCUACUGUGAGACAGGCAGCAAACCACCGGAAAACCUGAGGGACUGCAACACCGAGCCGUGUCCCCCAGAGUGGUUUAUUGGUGACUGGUCAGAGUGUGGAAAGACGUGUGACGGUGGGACACGGACCAGGACUGUCCUGUGUAUCAGGAAGAUUGGCCCUGCUGAGGAGGAGACCCUGGAGGACACCUUCUGCCUUACGCAUCGGCCUAUUGAAAGAGAGUCUUGCAAUAAUCAGUCCUGUCCCCCAAAGUGGGUAACUCUGGAAUGGUCAGAGUGUAUACCUAAGUGUGGCCCAGGCUUCAAGCAUCGCAUCGCCUUGUGCAAGAGCAGCGAUCUGACCAAAACCUUCCCGCCGACCCAUUGCCCGAGCCACAACAAACCUCCGGUCCGAAUGCGCUGCAGCUUAGGGCGAUGUCCUCCUCCCCGCUGGAUCCCUGGUGACUGGGGACAGUGUUCAGCUCAGUGCGGCCUGGGCCAGCAGAUGAGGACGGUCACCUGUCUGUCCUAUACUGGACAGCCAUCAAAUGAGUGUCCAGAAUCCCUCCGGCCUGCCACCAUGCAGCAGUGUGAGAGCAAAUGUGACGCCAUCCCAAACUCCAACAGCGAUGAAUGCAAAGAUGUAAACAAGGUGGCGUACUGCCCUCUGGUCCUCAAGUUCAAGUUCUGCAGCAGAGGAUACUUCAGACAGAUGUGUUGCAAGACCUGCCAGGGGCACUGACCAAGGAAUGGUGCUUAUAAAGAACAGGAGAUGGAUACAAGGGCAAAGAAGAUGGAGGGAUAAAGCACUUAAAUGGUGUACAAAAAAUAAAAUGAGGCAGGCUGAAACAAAAAAAAAAACUCCUCGCUCAAUUCUUAAAGGUAAAAAGAAGAAAAAGAGCCCAGAGCUGCUGCCCAGACCUUAAAACAGUCGGAGCCCUUCAUCCUGCCCUCCUUUCUGGUGGAAACCUAACCACUGCUCAGCCCGUAACGCUGAAACAAACUUUUUCCAUUUUUAUUUUUUUUUAUUUUUGAAUUUUUCGCUUCUGUGAAGUGGAAUUAGGAAGAUUAAUUCUUGAUGAUAUUAUUUUUAUUAUAAUAAUAAUUGAUGAUAUCAUUAUCAGUCUUCCUGCAUGUUUUUUGUGUUGUAAAUGUCAAGGGCUGGAUGCUUCACUCACGUGGUGUACCCAGGAGAGGAGCAGAUUAAGAGGGAGGCGGGAGUCCAGCAUGUCGGACUCCCACCUUUGGAAAGGUGCAUGGUGACAUCUGGCUUCAGUGCACUUUUUCAUGUAAAUACUCCAAUUUACAGUUCAGACAUAGAACAGAACCCUCCCCUCCUCAGUGUACUGUAUAUUUAUUGUACAACUCCAAACAGAGCAUCCACUGAUGUUUCUGUCAAACAGUAGCCUACUGUCAUGGAAGGGAAUGUAAUAUGAUUGAGGUAUAAACAAUAACGUUGUCUGCUGGAAUGAAAUUAUACCGUAACCUAUGUUAGACCCUUGUAUACUGUAAGGAUUUGUGUAUUAUAAAUUAUAUUAAUCUAAAACCAGAAAAUACCACGUGGUUAUAGAAGAAUUUAUCAUUUCUAUACCCAGUUUGGUGCCUUAGCUCCACCCAGUCAGGCAGAAUUUCCCAUUAAUCCCAGAUAUUCUGCCUGGUUUUCUUUGGGCCACAUGAAAUUUUGCCAGCGAGAAGAGUUUAUUUAAUUUCUAUUCAAGCAGCUUAUAACUCACAUGUGAAAUAUUCCUUUUAAGGCAGCAUUAGAGGCAGCCUGUUCAUUUGAGCUAAAAUUAAAACAGGUUUCUUUUUGGCUGUUUUAGAAAAGCAUUAACAUGAGAUAUGAAGCCAGAUAACGUUUUGAUUUGACUGAAAUCUAAGCUUUGUCACAUCUUACAGUAAUGGACGUCGACAUUUAUAGAUCUAAUUAAACAUUGAGGCAUGCCAGAUAUUAUUAAUGCUUCUAUGCAUGUAGCAUCAUCCAGCGUUGUGGAUCCGGGGAUGACCCAAGGUUUACAGAUUAACAGUAUUCUGAUCUGGAAAGUUCAUGUCAAGUUCUGUUUAAAAAAAAAAACAUUCGUUCCUCUUUUUCUGGAUAAAUUAUUGUUCUUUUAGGCGCAUAUCUGUUCCAACACACCUGGUUAAAUUUGCUUUAGCAGCCACUAGGUGCUGGAAAGGCUUGGUUUUAAAGCAGGUCUAAAAGAUGUAGUCCCUGAUCACCAGGGUUAUUGGAUCUGAGGAGAUCCCUGUUCCAGAGCCUUACGUGGACUUUUUAUUUGGAGUUUUUUUCUCAAACCAUUUUUUUGGCACAACAAUGACGUUCAUAAUAUCUAAAAUUGAGUCCCAGUUCCAUCGUCAGCAUCCUGUCAAAUCUUAAAGGCAUACUAUGCAACAUUUUUGAAUGUGUUCCAUAACGUUUUGGAUGAUUAAAUGAGUCAUUUCAGGUUGAACAAAGGUUUUCUCGGCCGCCCUGGUGGUCUGUACGGGAAAUACCGUA